UUAUAACAUGCAAGUUUCUAGGAAUUAUUUCCUUGUUGCAUCAUCCAAAUCCAAAAACGUGUUGACGGUCUGUCAGUUGUCAGUCACUUUUUCAUUUAGGUUUAUGUAUACUUACCUAUAUAUAUUUAGAGUACCUACCUUUCAACUACCUAUAGUGCGUGUCGUUGAAAAAGAUAGGUUAUUUUAACUCGAUGUGAUUCUAAAAAUUUAUAUUUCUGUAAAUAUUUAAACAAAUAAUACGUUAAUAUUUGCAAUGGCUGAUAUUUCCAGUGAAAAAUUAUCUAAGAAGUGAGUAUCGUGUGGAAUAAAUAUGUUGGUUUUAAAGACAUUAACUUCUAUACCGAUCGCUUGUGCUAGAAACAUUUUCAUCCACCGAUGCACAAAUUUUUCAACUGCAGUGAGCAAACGCGAAUUGAAACGUCGUCUAAAAGCUGAGCAAAAAUUGAAAGAAAAAGCUGAAAAAGCUGCUCAGCAGCCAGCCCCCGUGGCAACAGAGAAGAAAUCUUCAAAACUAGAGGAAGAAGUUAGUCCAAAUGAAUAUUAUAAAUUACGAACCGCAGCAGUUGCUGCUCUUAAAAAUGGACCAAAAGAAGAACAUCCUUAUCCACACAAAUUCAGUGUCUCAAUAUCAUUGGAAGAGUUUAUUGAGAAAUACAAUAACAUAAACAGUGGAGAGGUAUUAGAAAAAGUUACAUUGUCUGUAGCUGGCAGAGUUCAUUCUAUCAGGGAGUCUGGUGCUAAGUUAAUAUUCUAUGAUUUAAGAGCAGAAGGUGUUAAAGUUCAGGUGAUGGCUAAUGCAAAAAUGUAUGAGUCAGAAGAAAAGUUUAUGCAUGAUACGGAUAAACUGAGGCGUGGUGAUAUUAUUGGUUGUAUUGGUCACCCUGGUAAAACUAAAAAAGGAGAACUCUCCAUCAUACCAAAAAGUAUUAAACUACUCUCACCUUGCUUGCACAUGCUGCCACAUUUGCAUUUUGGGUUGAAAGAUAAAGAAACUAGGUUCAGGAAACGAUAUUUGGAUUUAAUAUUAAAUGACAGGGUAAGACAGAUAUUUUAUACAAGAGCAAAAAUUAUAGCUUAUGUCAGACGUUUUCUGGAUAAUAUGGGUUUCUUAGAAAUUGAAACACCAAUGAUGAAUAUGAUUCCUGGUGGGGCUGCUGCCAAACCAUUUAUCACUCAUCACAAUGAAUUGAACAUGGACCUGUUUAUGAGAAUAGCCCCAGAGCUUUAUCAUAAGAUGUUGGUUGUGGGAGGUCUGGACCGUGUAUAUGAGAUUGGAAGACAGUUCCGAAAUGAGGGAAUAGAUUUAACCCAUAAUCCAGAGUUCACUACAUGUGAAUUUUAUAUGGCAUAUGCUGAUUAUCAUGAUCUCAUGACCAUCACUGAAUCAAUGAUUUCAGGUAUGGUGAAGAGUAUUCAUGGUACUUACAAGGUCAAGUAUCAUCCUGAUGGAUCUGAUGGUGAGGAGAUUGAAGUAGACUUCACUCCUCCAUUUGCUAGGAUGCCCAUGAUUCCUACUUUAGAGAAAGUGCUUAAUGUCACUUUACCAACGGCUGAUAAAUUUGAUACACCUGAAGCAAACAAAUUUUUCAGUCAAUUGUGUGAAAAACAUGAGGUGGAAUGUCCUCCGCCAAAAACUACAGCUAGGCUUCUAGACAAAUUAGUGGGAGAGUUUCUUGAAGAAAAAUGCAUUAAUCCUACAUUUAUAUUGGAUCAUCCACAAAUCAUGAGCCCAUUAUCUAAAUAUCAUAGAGAAAAACCUGGUCUAACUGAAAGGUUUGAAUUAUUUAUAAUGAAGAAAGAAGUUUGUAAUGCAUAUACAGAACUCAAUGACCCUGCAACUCAAAGGGAACGUUUUGAACAGCAAGCAAAAGAUCGUGCGGCUGGAGAUGAUGAAGCUCCACCUACAGAUGAAGCUUUCUGUACUGCUCUCGAAUAUGGUCUACCACCCACUGGUGGUUGGGGUUUAGGCAUUGAUCGUCUCACUAUGUUUCUCACGGAUUCUAACAACAUCAAGGAGGUGUUGUUAUUCCCAGCAAUGAAACCAGAUGACCCUAAUAAACACAAUGAAGAUGAAAAAUCUCCGGCUACAACUAUUAUACAAAAUGGCGUUUAAAAAAAAUAUGUUCACAUAAGUGAAUAGUAGACAAUACUUGCUUCAUUUAUGUAUUUUAUUAUUAAAAUUUACUACACACCUUAAAUUAUUGUAAUAAUUAUAGGAUUACCUUAUAUAUUGGUAGAUUAAAAGACUACCAAGUGACUUUUAAGCUGAUUAUUUCUGCUUCUUAUAUUUCCACUUCCAGUUUUUAUUUGAAUAAAUAUGCCUUUAUAUAUAAUGUGUUGAUAUUUAAAUAACUUUAACUGUAUAUUAGUAUAAUUGAAUUUAUAUCUUAUUUCCUUACUAAAUUCAUAACUUCAAAAUGUUUAUUUAAUUAUGCAAGAAAAUUAACACAAUUCAGCUUUCUUUUACAAUGUUUUGCUUUUUUAGCAAUAAAGUGAAAAAUACCUA